UAAGAAGCGGGAGAGGUAGCGAAUUGGAUAGUUGUUUGCUGCUUUGAUCGAUGUUUGCUUCCUGUUUGUGGUAUUAAUUUCACUCGAGAAUCGUGCACAAUGUGUAUAUUGUUUGUGACAUUGAUUUGCCGAUCAUUUUGCAAUUCUUCUAGAACUUUUUAAGAAAUUUCGUUCAUCUUACGUUUGACUACGAUCUGUACGCCUGUACAGUCGACAGAAAUUUUUUAAACUAUGUGAUGAAUUAAUGUUUUAGCUUUUGUAUUGGAAUGUUAUAUGACAUUCUUUGAACCACAUGGCAUACCAAGAUACUGCAAAUUACUUAGCACUCUGUGCGAAUAACCAACAUGUGAUAGAAGGUUUAAACGAGAGGCUGAUAGGAAGUAGCAUAUCUCAAUCAUUAUAUGACCUAAACAAUAGCAAUAAUAGUGUUACAGUUGAAAAUGCAGCAUCUGUUUCUCCGCUAUUAAGUCACUAUAAAUAUCAUUGUUUCUCGCAUUAUGAUAGUCCAGUCAAUUUCUCGUCUUUACCAACGUAUCUUCCACCCAUUGGUGUAUUUUGGGAUAUAGAAAAUUGCCAUGUACCAAAAGGAAAGUCUGCCAUAGCUGUAACACAGAUAAUUAGAGAAAAAUUUUUUAGUGGUUAUAGAGAAGCAGAAUUUAUUGUAGUUUGUGAUGUCCUAAGAGAAAAUAGUCGCGUUAUGAAAGAAUUGAAUAACGCUCAGGUUAAUUUAAUACAUGUUGCUAGAGAAAGUAAAAACGCUGCUGAUGAAAAACUCAAACAAUCCAUUAGAAGGUUUGCUGAUAUUCAUGGAAGUCCAGCAGCUGUAAUUUUAAUAUCUGGUGAUAUUAAUUUUGCUCCUGACCUCAGUGAUUUACGUUAUAGGAAGAAAAUUCAUGUGAUACUUAUACAUAUGAGAAAUGUAGCUGAAGCAUUAAUAUUAUGUGCCAAUGAGCAUUAUGAUUUCUCAGAACUUAUGGAAUCACUACCACGUAAAACUGCACAGACUACUACACAUGAUCUCAUAGUUACUAACCUUCCUGAAUAUCAGGAUGGGUCCAUUAAAUACAAUUUGAAACAAAUGUUCGAAAGUUAUGGCGGUCAAGUGGUAGAAAUUCAGUCAAGUACUGCAAUUGUACGUUUUACUUCAAAAGCUUUCGCAGAAAGGGCUCUGAAACGUAUAGAUGGGAAGAUUGUCUUUGGUUCGAAAAUUUCUGUAAAAUUUCAAAAAGAGAAAGCAAAUCACUUUCAGAAAAUUCGAGCAAAUUUUAUAAAUAGAAACGGUACCGUAAGUGAGUCAGAAAUUAUUACUAGUUCUCCAAAACAAAUGUAUAGUGCAAGUGCUGCGUUAUCGGGUGGAAGACCCUUUCAGUUUUCACACUAUCAGCCAUCGUCGCCUGUUAUUGGAACGUAUUCUGGAUGGAAUGCUCAAUGUACUUCUGCCUCAGCACCAGUAGGGCUAGUUCAACCAUCAUCCGUUUUUGUUGGGAGAUCGUAUUCAAAUAAUAAUAACAACAAUAACAGCAAUGUAACUUUUAAUAGAACUUAUAACGAACUUGCAAGGGCCCAAUCUCCAUUAUUUUGGCAAAUCUCUGGUUCCCAACAAUUCGGUCAUGUAUGGGAAGAACAAUAUAAGGUGGAAAAAACGAAAGUACUUAGUAGAAGAAUUCAUAUUCCGCAGGCUCGGGAUAAUGUAAAUAAUAAUGUAGCUUCUCGAAACUCUGAAGGUUUAAGACGUAUGAGAGGUACACAUACUUCACUCGUUCAACCAGAAUGGACUGGUACAAGGCAACAACAUCCUCCAUUGAAUGUUUCUGCAAAUAUGAAUGGAAUUACACAAUCAAAUUUUAAACGUCGAAGUUCAUCUCCUAUGUACGACUUGCAAUCUCGAGAACGAAAUCAGUGGAAUGGACAGCAGAAUACGUCUGUACGUAGUACUAGAACACCGUCGCCUUACGAAAAUACAGUACAAAUGAUAGGCCAACAAAGUAAUCAUACUUCACCUUAUCAUCCAAGUGAUACGGAAAAUGAAGAAGUUGAGAAAUUUUUCAAUCCAAUAAAUAAUCAUAAUGGAACAUCAACGAAUAGUGAAAUGCCUAUAGAACUGCAAGUAACUAACUUAGACCAAAGUAUUAAUCCAAAAAAGAUGAGACAUAUGCUUGUCUCUAUUUUUAUGGAACACGUGAUGGUGUUAAAUGUUUCUAUUUUUACACAGUCUGAUGGUAACUUUGCGGCAAGUGUCAAAGUACCUUCUUUAUCAGACGCACAAUAUGCAAUUUCUCAGUUACAUCGUCGUAAAGUAGGAUAUAAACGUAUUUUGAUAUCGUACGCUCAUAGUGGUAGAGCAAGUCCCCAGGUUGUACGAGCACAAAUUGUGAUGCUGUUGCAAGAAGUACCUGGUCAUAAACUUCCUCUUUUUAAGUUUCGAGAAAUGUACGAGAGCCGUUUCAUGAUUUCUAUCAGCGUUUCCGAAUUAUAUAAAAUGAAGGAUGUUUGUAUCGUUACGGAGGAUCCUGGUGGUAGAAUGGUUUCUCUUAAUCCGGAUCACAGAAACACGCCAUCGCCUUGUUUUAAUAAUACAACACAGGAGGAUCAAGUAGAAUUGCCAUAUUGUACUGUCCAUACGUUAAAACCAUGGUCUGAUAAAGGAUGGGCAGAACAAAAAGUAGCAUCACUUCCUAAUGUGAGAAUUUCUUUAAAAGUUCUCGAUCCACGUAUACAUCAAUUACUAACAACGCAUAAUGGAAGUUUGCCAUUGCCUAGUUUGCCAAAUUGUUACGAGGCUGAAUUUAAAGAAAAAUUACAAGUAGUUAUCAACGGAGUACCCUUAGAACAUCUAGUAUCUUGUCUAUCCUGUGUUGAAUUGAAACAAGGUAUUGGUAGUGUAAAGUAUCUUAUAUGGACAGGAAAUAAAACUCAUGAAAAUAAUCAUGAAGAGAAUAAAUGUGUGAGUUCUCCGCUUGCAAAUCAAUUAGCACUUUUCAGUCGUGAAUUAGUCGAUCUUCUGAAAACUGCUCCACACUGCCAGUUACCAUUUAACCGAUUUAUACCCGCAUAUCAUCAUCAUUUUGGAAGACAAUGUAGGGUUGCUGAUUACGGAUUCACCAAAUUAAUUGAUUUGUUAGAAGCGCUCACUCAUACCGUACAAGUGAUGGGUGAAGGAAAUAAUCGUGUGGUUACUUUAUCUCAUCGUGCUCAAGUACGUCGUUUCACGUCUGAUCUUCUGAGAGUUUUAAAAUCUAAAGCUAGCAAACAAGUAGCACUUUCAGAAUUUCCAAACGUUUAUGCUAGAGUAAUAGCCAAACCAUGGGAUAUUGUAGAUUAUGGAGUAUGUGAAAUCGAGGAUAUUCUCAAUGAGGUAUCAGAAAAUACUGUGGUCGUUACUACGACCAAUGGAGGAGACAAAAUGAUAGCUAUUCCUAAGCGAGAACAAACUGCAGAAGAGAUAGAACGAACAAAACAAUUUGCUACAGAAGUUAUUGAGUUGUUACGACACGCACCUCAAUGCAGAAUGCAAUUUAACAAGUUCGUGCCAUCGUAUCACCAUCAUUUUGGUCAUCAGUGUCGAGUGUCAGAUUAUGGCUUUACAAAAUUAAUUGAACUGUUUGAAGCGAUACCGGAAAUAGUUAAAAUAGAAGAUGACAGUUCUGGAGAAAGGCAAAUUUCUUUGACAGAGAAGGAAGGUAUCCGUGUACUUUCCGAGCAAAUAUCCAAAUUAAUUACCCGAUCGAGAGGUUGUCUUAGUAUUUCUAAUAUUGCACAAAAUUUUUUACAUCUAUUUGGUUAUGCAUUAAAACCGGAAUUAUUCGGUUGUGCCUCUAUGUUGCAACUUAUGCAAAAACUUGGAGAUACUGUGAAGAUUGUGUAUUUGCCAAGUAGACCUGUAGUUAUGAUGAUAGAUAAAUCUCACGUAGAACAAUUAACUUUACAAUCCCGUCGAUUGUUAAUGGAUAAACCUCAGCAUAAAAUGCCGCUUCGUGAAUUCCAACAUUUAUACGCUCAAUAUUAUUUGAAAUCGUGUAAUAUAGAUGAACUAAAGCAAAAUUUAUCUAACGUAGUUCAAUUUACAAUGGUGAACGACGAAGAGUUUAUAGAACUUACACCGUUACAUUCUUUUGCUUGUAAUUUAUAUCGUGUAAUGAUGAACUAUGGUGGAGUAUUGAAACUUUCGCAGUUCGAGGCAGCAUAUCUGUCCACUAUAGGUUCUGUUUGUAAACCUACAGACUACGGUUUUCCAACAAUUUCUAUACUUUUACAAGCAUUACCUUGCACGGUAACAAUAAACUUGUCACGGCGUAAGAAAAACAUCAUAUAUUUAAAUAAAAAAGUUACUGCUGUAGGUAUGGCAUUACCGCCAACAUAUACAUCAGCAUCGUCGUACCGCGAUACAGAUUCUAGUAACGAGUCGUUUGAAAGUGAUUCGUCCUGUCACGUUAAUGUUUCAAACAAUUCAACUACGCUAGAACAAACAAAUUGGUCAGAGCAAGUUACUGAAAAUCAGGAUUCUUGGAAACAGACAAAUAAAGAUAAUCUGUGGUCGGAAGAAUUUAAUAAAUCUUGGAGGAUUUCGAAUUCGGAAGAUAGAUUGAUCAAUUGGUCGUUGCAAGAAAACGGGAGUGAAAGUUUUCUGAAAAGCCUAAUGCAAACACCAAUUAUACCUCGUGGUUUUCCACCUGCACCUCCUAAACCAGAUUCUCCACCUGAGGAAGAUGUAGAUAAAAAUCAGUGGGAAUCAUCAGUUUGGAUAACACCAACGAAAUUUACAUAUCCACAAGAUGAACAUACUACGAAUGUACAGGUUCCUCCAUUAAUUUUACCUCCUUCUUGGAAUCAAAUAACAUCCAACGAUAGUAGCUUACUAUCACCAACGAAAAAUUUAUUACCUGCUGCAGCUAAUCCUUUAAAUCCACGUACUUCGCCAUUUUUCUCUUCCAAGCGUAGCUUGGUCAUUGCCCCUCAUCCUUCUGAAUUGCCUCUUCCAUCGUUAUCACUAACUCCCAAAAAGAUUGUCACUUCAGAGGAUACUGAUGUAACUGUUGAAAGUGUUAAGCAGGAAAAGAUCUAUAACAAUUCCAUAGACACUGUAAAUCUUAAAAGUAACGGAAAUGAUAGUAGCAACAUGGAAGACAGUGGUAGUAAAGAAAAACAUAAUGUUUCUGUAAAACAAUUAUUUCCGAGCAAACGUCGUUUAGCUGCUCAAUUUAAUCGACCUAUUGAGUCAUGAAUUCAGUGUGGGAACUAAGUAUUUAUGUACACUGCGGGAGCAAAAAUGCAGAUAUCUAAGCACAUUUCGCCAUACGAUGUGUGAACGGAGUUAAUAAAAAAAGGGAAUGUAUUAGUAUCUCGGUAGGCUGUCACACAGUGGGUUCAAAUACCUAUACGCCAUUUUUUAAAUGAUGGUAGGUACCCUCCCCCCAUUUAUAUAUAUAAAAUUACGCUAAUAAUAUAUCGAUUUGAUACAUAUGGGAUAGAAAACAGAAUUUAUUUUCAAGAGGUAUGAAACACGUACGUAAAAUACCUAUAUACUAAGUACCUAUAAUU